AUGCGUGGUUCAGCGCCUUCUUUGGCCCGCUCGAUCGGCGUCGGUCGCACCGGAGCGAAGCAGACACCGUUCUCGUCGAGUGCUUUCGGGGUCGCUGCUUCGGUCAAGGGCAAGGAGCGGGCGCAUUCCACGGCUUCAUAUCAGCAUUCCACUUCAGACGCAAAUGCUUCUCGAUCUAGCGAGAGACGCCGUUCCGACUGGUUGACACUCGCCCAGCGCCACCGGCCCACAUCAACAAUCCCAACAUGGACCGCACACACGCGAUCUCGUCCAACGACCUACUUCGCGCACACACUGCACACCAGCGCACGCUCACACAACGUCACUCGCGGCCCCUCUCGACCACCCACAUCGCCCCCGAACCCACCACCCCCCUCUCUCCCUCCCACCCCACCCUCUCCCCUCCCCGGCGGCCUCGGAACCACCCAACUUUCACCCGACAUCCUCCUCCGAUGCACCAUCUUCGACGCCACCGGCUCGGCCACAUCCACCUCUGGCAUAUUCAAAAAAUCCCACCUCUGCUCCGAGCACGGUCUCGAACCGCGCGAUCUGCGCAAGAUCGAUAGCCGCGUACCCAAUCUCGUGCCCACCAUCCUCGCCCGUCGCGGGGGGAUCCUGGUCAACAUCCUGCAUAUCCGCGCAAUGGUCAAACGGGAUAAAGUGUUGCUCUUCGACAGUUAUGGCAGUACGGAUAGUCAACUUCAUUCGGCGUUUGUGUACAAUCUGCAGCAUAAUCUUUCCCACGGCGGGGGACUGGCGUACGAGUUUAGGGCACUGGAAAGCAUACUGGUCAGCGUACUCGAUGCGCUACGGAUAGAGCUGGGCGUGGUUAGGGGGUGGACGAGUAGAGUGCUCGAGGAGCUGGAUGACGAUGUGGAUCGGGAGAAGCUCCGGGAGUUGUUGGGGGUGAGUAGGAAACUCAAUGCGUUUUUGUCCAGGGGUAAAGCGGUCAAGGGAGCGGUGACGGAGGUGUUGGAGAAUGAGGAGGAUAUGAUGUUGAUGUAUCUCUCCAGUCCUGCGCACGGUGGGUCGGGGCAGGUGGCUGGGGGUGACUCGCAACACCUCGUUACCCCAAGCCCGACCAACGCAAACCCGACUUCGGAACAUGCUUCGAGUGGCACACCCCCACCCUCGCCGCACGGCUCGGCCUCGGGCGGCGACGAACUCGAACUGCUGCUCGAAUCAUUCGAUAAACAGGUGGAAGAAGUCAUCGCCGAAACGUCGCAAUUGCACAGCGACAUGACCAACACCCAGGAAGUCGUCGAGCUCAUCCUCGAUAACAACCGGAACAAGCUUCUUGCGUUGGACCUCAAAACGAGUAUCGCAACGAUGGGGAUUAGCGCGGGGACGCUGUGGGCGGGACUGUUCGGGAUGAACCUGCGGAGCAAUCUGGAGGAGACCGAGUGGGCGUUUGUCGGCGUGAGCGGGGUGGCGAUGGUAGCGGUGCUAGUUGUGGCAGGGGUGGGGCUGAGGCGGUUGGAGAGACUGCGAAGGGUGGGGUUGGGGAUGAAAGGGAGGAGAAGGGAGAGGAGGGGGUGGAUGGAGAGGUUGAGGGGGAGGGGGGAGAGGGAGAGGGGUGAGGUGGGAUCAGGGGCGUAUGGCGGGUAUGGUGCGAUUGCGUCAGGCUAUGGCGUAGGGAGUGGCGGCUAUGGUCCAGGAUAUGGUGGUGGAGGGAAUCAUCCAGGUUCGGCGUAUCAGCAGGGAUGGACGGGUGCACCCCCCUCACCGGGCGCACAGGGAGGAGGGGCACCGGGAGCAGCCGAGCACCACCCAGCAUGGUGGGCACACUCGGGCUACCAACCCUCCCACGCAGGCGAAUUUGCCGCUCACCCUGGCAACCCCGCCCCACCACCGCCGACACAACACCCGCACACCCAACGACGGAGCGACCCGGAAGAAGCUCAGGAGGCAGCACUGGGCAUGGGCCUCGGGAGCAAGUGGGAUGCUAGCACCGGCACCAGUGGGCUGGCGAGGAGGCGCAAGGGCAAAACAUCGAGUUGA